GGUCCUGUCCUUGUGGGCAUGGAAACAAAGGGCUGUGUGACAGGGACAGGUCACAAAGGCAGGGGAGGAUAAAUACAGCUGUGCAGCCCUGGAGCCCAAGAGAGUGGACCCGGCUCCCACUCGGACUGCAGUCUGUAGCCUCCUGGAGAGAGAAAAGAUAUCACGGCGGAGGUGAGGGGCGCAGACCCCGAAGAAAAGCUCCCUGGAGCCCCGUGUCUCUGAAGAGAGGUCCAGAUGCGAGCCGGUGGCCCUGGUCAAUGCUCCCUGCUCCCGCGUUGGCCAGGCCUCCGGAGGCUCUGAGGCUGGGAGGGGCCAGCUGCAGCCAGGGACCCAGGACCACCAGCGCCCCCUCACCCUCCCAGGACACCGAGGCAGAGGGCCCCGGCCGGCGGCCCUGUCGUGACAGAAGAUGGUCACGAACAGUGAGUCUCUGAGGCUACCCUACUACACCGCCAAGAGCGGCUCUGCGGCCGGCAUGUUCAACACCAGCAUGGGGAAGCUGCAGCGGCAGCUGCACAAGGGCGAGUACGACAUGUUCAAGUACGCCCCGAUCUUCGAGAGCGACUUCAUCCAGAUCACCAAGCGCGGGGAGGUCAUCGACGUGCACAACAGCGUGCGCAUGGUGACCGUGGGCGUGGCCCGCACCAGCCCCAUCCUCCUGAUCCCCGACGUCAUGCUCCUGGCCCGGCCGGCCGCCAACUGGGAAGAGCUCCAGGGCCACGGCCAGGCCUCCAAGAGGAAGAAGCUCAGGGCGGGGAAGCCCCUGGAGCUCACCAGGCUCCUCCCCUUGAAGUUUGUAAAGAUCUCGGUUCACGACCAUGAGAAACAGCAACUUCGCUUGAAGUUCGCCACGGGCCGCUCCUGCUACCUGCAGCUGUGUCCCCCCCACGAUGCGGGCGAAGACCUCUUCACCUACUGGGAAAAACUGAUUUACCUCCUGCGGCCGCCCGUGGACAGCAACAGCAGCACCUACGCCACUCCGGCCGAGGACAUGCUGUGUAUGCCUGCGCUGGCCGAGGAGGACAGGGCCAGCCUGGCCUCCCCGGACGCCCAAGGCAAAGGCGAGCAGGACCAGGUCAGCAUCCGGAGUCUCCACCUGGUCCCCGAGGUGACCCGGGCCUCCUCUGCCUCUUAUGCUGGUGGGGAGGAGAUCCAGUCCUGCUCUCACAGAUCCACCGCCACUCCUACUAAAGCUUCCACCCCAAAAACAAAAUCCACGGAGUCUCCCAAAGUGUUAGCACCGGGGCCAAAAGGAGAGGCAGCGGCAGCUGGGGCGGCGGUGGCUGCAGGGACGGCGUCAGGCACCUUGAGCGUGGCAGCAGCCAAGUCAGGCUCUGGCCAGGUGAGCACAGCCCUGGCGGGGGCCGCCUCCCUUGGGGUAGGAGGAGGCAGAAGCCCCGUGGUGGGCACCGGCAAGACAUCCCCAGAGAGCAUGAGUGUCGCCUUGGCCGGGGCUGUGGGCCUGUUCUCGGAGCCCGUGUCCCGUGCAGGAAGCUGCUUCUCCCCAGAGGACAGCAUGAGCGCUGCAUUUGCAGGAGGAGAAGCCACCAGCAAGGACACUGGGGAAGCGGCCAAUGCCCUGGCCGUGAGAGUGAUGGCGAGUGCAGGCCCCGGGGGUGCGGAGGCUGGACAGCAGGGCGCCCCCCAGGCCAGCAAGGCCACCCGCAAGGAACACAGGGAAAGGAAGGAGAGGAGAGAGAAGGACAAACCCGUAAGUAGGAGUUCCUAUCACCACAGGACACAGGAAGAUCGCCACAAGACAGAGGGGGACAAGAUGGCCCGGAAGUCAUCCAGCCGGUCCUUAUCUGGCCACAGGACACACAGAGUUAAUAAAAAGGAAAAAGGCAGCCAUCACAGUGCCCGGAGCAGCAGGGACGGCCGCACCCCCCUUGGGAAGGAGUCCAGGACCUCGCACAAAUCUGGGAGGAGCUUAUCCACCAAGAGCUCGGUGUCCACGCCCAAGAGAAUCGGCAGGUUCAGCUCCUUCCUGAGGAACAUCAGGGCCAACCUUGUCACAAAGGGGGCAGCCUCACUGCGCGGUGGCGACACGGACAUCGUGUCCAAGAGGGUGGAGAAGACCGACAUGGAGGCCGUCAUGGAGACAGCAGAGCACGGCCAGGGAGUGGAGGUCAUUCAUUGUGUGACAUCUGAGAUCAUUAAGACAGUGACCACAGAAGCCAGUUAAAUAGCACCCAGAGUCAGAAGCCAUGGAGGGCCCCAGGAGCACCCCGAGAGAGCCUAUUCUAUUUCUUACUGCAGGUGAAAUAAAGAACCCUUCA